UCAGCAGUGGAGAGCCGGUAACACCGGUGUUCUCGCCUGCGCACCUCGUGAGUUCGCACCUCGCGUCUUCGUGAGAGCCGUGGCGAUUGUCUCACGCCGUCAACGCUGGCCAGCUGUGAUAGCGCUCUGUUGUCUCUUCCCUCCACGUGCGUACGGGGCCGCUCGCGUGUAUCUGUUACACACGCGUGAGACAAAGGACAGCAAAGCUUUACUAGAAGCAUUUCGUGAUACAGCCAUCUAGUCACUAUGACGGCCUACAAUGUCACCAUGUGGGACAUCAAGGCGAAAUUAGCCUACAACGUGACGAUUUUUACGAAUAUGAACAUAAGGAUCGAUCCCUCGUGUAAAUAUAACGUGAAUGAUACGUAUCUGCUGCCAGUGUGUCUGGAGAGCGUGGCGUACUCCCUGAUGGACUCCUCCCGCAUCUCGACCUUCUUCAUCUCGAUCAUGCUCAUCAUCUAUGGCAGCUUCAGAUCUCGCAAUAUCGAGAAACGAUCGUGUAUACAGACCGAGCGAUUGAACCGUCGUCUCACACGCGUCGUCGCUACACCACCGCCGAGAUAA